CGGCGGUCACAUGACCGGCCGGUGAGGCAGGGGCCGGCGGAGGUGCGUGGUGCUGCUGCCCCGCAUGGCCAACGUCGCCAAGAAGGUGUCCUGGUCCGGCCGCGACGGCGACGACGACGAGGAGGACGACCAACACGUGGGCGAGACCACCCCGCUGCUCAACGGUACCGGCCCCGGGGCGGCGGGUGGCGCCCGGCAGCUCACUUCUUCCUCCUUCCUGCGCAUCGGGCAGCUGAGCAAUGUGGACCUCAACGAGGACAUCCGUGAGCUGGAGACGGAGCUCCCACGGCAGCAUCCCAACGAGAUCCCCCACAACGAGAAGCUCCUGUCGCUCAAGUACGAGAGCCUGGACUAUGACAACAGUGAAAACCAGCUGUUCCUGGAGGAGGAGAGGAGGAUAAACCACACGGCUUUCCGGACAGUAGAGAUCAAGCGCUGGGUCAUCUGUGCCAUGAUCGGCAUCCUCACUGGCCUCGUCGCCUGCUUCAUCGACAUCGUGGUGGAGAACCUGGCUGGGCUGAAGUACCGGGUGGUGAAGGGCAACAUCGACAAGUUCACAGAGAAAGGGGGCCUGUCUUUCUCCCUGUUACUUUGGGCCACCCUGAACGCCAGCGUGGUGAUGGUGGGCUCCGUGAUUGUUGCUUUCAUAGAGCCCGUCGCAGCCGGCAGCGGCAUUCCCCAGAUCAAAUGCUACCUCAAUGGUGUGAAGAUCCCGCACGUUGUCCGCCUCAAGACCCUGGUGAUCAAAGUCUGCGGGGUGAUCCUCUCGGUGGUCGGCGGCCUUGCCGUUGGGAAGGAAGGACCCAUGAUUCACUCUGGAGCGGUGAUUGCUGCCGGGAUCUCCCAGGGAAGAUCCACGUCUUUAAAGCGAGACUUCAAGAUCUUUGAGUACUUCCGCAGAGACACAGAAAAGAGGGAUUUUGUCUCGGCUGGAGCUGCUGCUGGCGUCUCGGCUGCGUUUGGUGCCCCCGUGGGUGGUGUCCUCUUCAGCUUGGAGGAAGGGGCUUCCUUCUGGAACCAGUUCCUGACGUGGAGAAUUUUCUUUGCCUCCAUGAUAUCUACAUUCACUCUGAACUCUGUCCUGAGCGUUUACCACGGCAAUGCUUGGGAUCUCUCCAGCCCUGGGCUCAUCAACUUUGGCAGGUUUGAUAACGAGAAAAUGGGAUAUACGAUCCAGGAAAUUCCUAUCUUCAUCUUUAUGGGAGUCGUUGGUGGGAUCCUCGGGGCCCUGUUCAACGCCCUCAAUUACUGGUUAACGAUGUUCCGGAUCAGGUACAUCCACCGGCCCUGCCUCCAGGUGGUCGAGGCCAUGCUGGUGGCAGCAGUGACAGCGACCGUGGGGUUUGUCAUGAUUUAUUGCUCGAGAGACUGCCAGCCCAUCCAGGGGAGCUCGGUGGCAUAUCCCCUGCAGCUUUUCUGCGCUGAUGGAGAGUACAACUCCAUGGCCACUGCCUUCUUCAACACACCUGAGAAGAGUGUCGUCAACCUCUUCCAUGACCCCCCAGGUUCCUACAACCCCAUGACGCUGGGCAUGUUCACGCUGAUGUAUUUCUUCCUGGCCUGCUGGACCUACGGCCUCACGGUGUCUGCGGGGGUCUUCAUCCCCUCCCUGCUGAUCGGCGCUGCCUGGGGGAGGCUCUUUGGCAUCUCCCUGUCCUACCUGACCAAAGGCUCGAUCUGGGCUGACCCGGGGAAGUACGCCCUGAUGGGAGCUGCUGCACAGCUAGGUGGGAUAGUGCGGAUGACGCUGAGUCUCACAGUCAUCAUGAUGGAGGCGACAGGCAAUGUCACUUACGGUUUCCCCAUCAUGCUGGUGCUGAUGACGGCGAAGAUUGUGGGAGACUAUUUUGUGGAGGGUCUCUACGACAUGCACAUCCAGCUGCAGAGCGUGCCCUUCCUGCACUGGGAGGCCCCGGUGACGUCCCACUCCCUCACGGCCAGGGAGGUCAUGAGCACUCCUGUCACCUGCCUGCGGAGGAUCGAGCGAGUGGGCACGGUUGUAGACAUCCUCAGCGACACCUCCUCCAACCACAACGGCUUCCCGGUGGUGGAGAGCAACCCUGACGCCACGCAGGUGGCAGGACUGCGGGGUUUGAUCCUGCGUUCCCAGCUCAUCGUCCUGCUGAAGCACAAGAUUUUUGUGGAGAGGGCCAACCUGAGCCUGGUGCAGCGGCGGCUGAAGCUGAAGGAUUUUCGGGAUGCCUACCCCCGCUUCCCCCCCAUCCAGUCCAUCCACGUCUCCCAGGAUGAGCGCGAGUGCAUGAUCGACCUCAGCGAGUUCAUGAACCCCUCGCCCUACACCGUGCCUCAGGAGGCGUCUCUCCCGCGGGUGUUCAAGCUCUUCCGAGCCUUGGGACUGCGGCACUUGGUGGUCGUGGACAAUCGCAACGAGGUGGUGGGCAUGGUCACCCGCAAGGACCUCGCCAGGUACCGGCUGGGGAAGGAAGGCCUGGAGGAGCUCUCGCUGGCACAGACGUGACAUGGGGCGGUGUUGCCCAGUGGAGAUGUGCCCCGGCCCCUCGGAGCUGGGGACCCCCUUUUGCAGGAGGCGGGGAGAGGACUGGGCCGACCUGUGCAGGCAUCGCGGUGCCUGGAGCACUGGCACGGCCGUGCUGCCCUGGCUCUCCUGCCCGUUGCUGCCUUCCCACGUCUACUGCCUCCUCUUCUCUUCGCCCCUUCCUCUGCUUUCCCAAGGGAUCAAAACACACCCUUGGCUCCGUUAACUCUUGGCGUAGGCUCUCCCUGAGGGUUGGGUGAAGGCUGGAGCGUGGCAGGGGGAGCAGAAGUGCCCUGCUGAGCCGGGCACCGUUUCUCUGCCAUGGUGCCUGCCCUCCAUCAACUCGUCCACCCAGCCCAAGCUGUCCAGGACCCUGCUGUGCUCCAGCUGCUGCUGCAAGGCCUAUGGGGGGAGUGGAGGGGAUGUGGUGGGGCUCCCCUCUGCUCCCAGGGCCUCAUUCCCCCUGUCCCGUGCUCCCGCUGGCUGGGUCGGGCUGAGCCCUGGGGCAGGCUCCUGUAUCUCUGGCCAGAGGAGGGGGCCGUGCCCUGCCUGCUCGGCUGUGCAAUAAAAGGGCUCCUGUGGUUCAGCA